UUUUUUGCUUGCGUUUGCUCGACGCUCGUCUCCUCUCCUCUGCUCGGGGAGUCGGGGUUAACCUUGUUUCGCCGCUGAUCAACCACCCACACAUCGCCCUCUCUUAAACCCCCUACCACGCCUCCCUCCGCCAGCACCAAACCCGCCGCCGUCGACUCGCCGGGAGACCGGCCGACUCCACCACCUCCAAGCUUCCUGGAGAACGCCGCCGUCUCCUAUUCCAAUUCGACCCGCCGGCCGCCCAACAAGCAACAUUUGUUGGGUCUAAAGCCUAGGACAGUUUUCAUGGGUCCAGCAAAAGAUUCUCAAACAAUUAAAAAGAUCACAAUAAAAGGAUAUGAGGAUCGGCAGCAGCUCCAGGAGUCACCUAGUCCAAGCAAGAGGAGGAAAACCACAGACUUAGGUCAGAAAUGGAGCCAGGAUGAGCUUAUGCACUCCUAUAAAGCUUACCAUCGACAUGGAAAAGACUGGAAAAAGAUCAGCGCACCGGUGGGUCAUAAAUCAUCAGACAUGGUAAAAGCUCUCCACAGGAUGCAUCAAGCUGAAUCCCCAAGUCAUAGGGGAAACAAUCAAACGGUUGGAGCAUCUAAGAAGGCAAAUAAACGUGGACAAGCUAGACAGCAGAAAGUAUAUGAAGCGCUUCACCCUCACGACUCCUGUCAUGAAGGGAUGAUUCCUGGAUUUUCACCUUCCUUCAAGAAAAGAUACUAUGGAGAACUGGCCAGGAACAGUCAGAGCCAUGUUGUUGGGAAUCGUACGCCUCGGAUACCGGUUAUAGUUCCUGCAGACAGGAAUGCUACUGAUGAUGCCACACCUGAAAUUAAAAAGGCCAUCAGUUCUGCCAAAAAGAAUAAUGAAGAGAUCAAUAAUGAUUGCACUAAUUUUCCAAUGAAUGAGUGCUCUCCUAAUGGAAGAUCUGGAAUCAUGGAAUCAACUAAAUCUGUUCAAGGCCAGACUUUCUUUGAGACCAAAGGAACCGGAGACGCUGAGAUAUGUCUGACUCAUCAACAUUUGAAAAAAAGAAGAAUUGAGCUAACUAUGGAUGGCAGUCGGAUCGGUAAAGUUGAGCAUGCUGCCAUGAUGGUGGCUGAAGAAGGGAAUAAACCUGUUAGUUUACUCAACCAACAACAGAUACUUAGUGAGUUUAUUUCUGAAGAUGAUAUGUUGGUCUUAGAUGUAUUGCAGAGUCUGGUGAAUGCACCCAAUAAAAUUUCAAAACUCAGGGUUAAUAUCCCUUCAGGUACACUUGGAAAAAGUGACUUUGCAUUAUCUCACAGAAAGUAUGAAGGGUGUUCUCCGGUUGAUCUAUCGGAACAAGGGAAGACAGUUGGUGAAUGCACUUCUUCCAAGACCAGGCAGAAAAAACACAAGAAGUUAUUAGACACAGAGCUGCCUGCUGGAGAGACAAACAUAGCACACACGAUUGAUAUUACUGAGGAUCCCUCGAAUCCUGACUAUUCAGGAGGGAUGACAAAUUUACCGGAAUCAACUGCAAAUAUUUCCGCUGAAGUGUACCCAACCUUACCAAGUUAUAUCAAGUGUGAAAUAAGUAUGUCAUGGAGGAGUAAAAUAAAAUCCAAAAUGCAUAGCAAAACAAAGUAUGUGUCAUGUAAAGAAGGUUCAGACAAUUUACAGGCAAGAAAAUUUCUGCACUGCUUGUCAUCUGAAUCGCUUCGCAGAUGGUGUACAUACGAGUGGUUCUACAGCGCAGUUGAUUAUCCAUGGUUUAUGGAUAAUAAUGAGUUUGUGAAGUACUUAAAUCACUUAAAUUUGAGUCAUGUGUCAAGACUGACUAGAUCUGAGUGGAACAAAAUACGAAGUUCUCUUGGCAAGCCCCGACGCUUUUCUGAUCAUUUUCUGGCGGUGGAAAAAGAAAAUCUAGAGGAUUACCGCGGGAAAGUUAGGAAAUACUAUGCUCAACUAAGUGAUGGUUCACUGGAUUCUGUACCAGCAGGCCUAGCUCAGCCUUUUUCAAUCGGCCAGCAGGUCAUUGUUCGUCACCCAAGUUCUAGGGAACUUUGUGAUGGUAAAGUGGUGAUGGUGGAGUGGGACAGUUGCAAGGUCGAAUUUGAUAACCCUGACUUUGGUAUUGAUGUAGUAAAGGACACUGAUUGUAUGCCUGCAAAUUGGUUGGAUAAUCUUCCUUAUGACGUCAAGAGCAGCUCUCUUUCAUAUAAUGUACACGGCAUAAUGGAGAUGGAGCACAUUCAGACGCUUAGUCGAAGUAGGGACUGGGGUCAUACAAGGAAUGGAGUUUCCAUAUCUGAGAUGCCCGAAAGCUUGCAAAUUACAUCAGAUGAACAGCUUAAGGCUGAAUACUCUGUAGACAAUGAAAGACCACCAAAAAAGAGUACUCUUGAUGACACCGUACAAUCUAGAGGUUGCCCAAACAACAGUGUUUGUCACAACGAUGAGCAAGAGUCGUACAUUACUGCAUUUGUCCAAAGCUCGCAAUCACAAGCCAGGCAGAUUUUUGACGAGGUCAUGCAGGCAAUCUCUGAAGGUAACGAUUCUCAAGAUGAAGAGGCAGGUACGUGGGAUCAAGCAACCAAUUGUAUAGACCCUGAAUCUGGAGCUGCUAUUCGUGAUGAUGCCCAACUUCCAUCCAACCUGAUAAUGAACUGCACUGCCACUGUUCUUGCAAUCAAGCGCCUUGGCGACUCGCGGCAUCCACCUGCUAACAUAGCAGGUGUCCUGGAGCAUAUGUCCUCAAUGCUGCGCCCAAGCUGUCCAGAGAACCUCGCAAUCUGCAAAGACAUAGAGAAACAUUUCUCCAUCAUAAAGAACCAGCUACUAGCACUUGUGUGCAAGGCGUGCUGCUAACUAAAGUUCCCUUCCCCGCUGCCUUCUUCCAGACCUGUCGGGCCUAGUAGUCAGAGUGCUACUUCCUCUGAUAACCACACGGUUGUUGCUGCCUUCCGACCGUGAUUUGCUAAUUUUAUCGGCAAGUCCUAUUGCAUGACAGCAAAGCAUAGCAUAUGGAAGAAAGUUAUGCUGUGCUAACAUGAGUUUGGAUAUGCAGCGUUGAAUCUUUGACUGCUAAGCUUCCUUGUAACAUGUGUAUAUAUAUUCCUUCACGAACAGAUUCUUCUCCUUUCUGGUUCGUCAUAGUUGGCGAGCACAGUUUCAGGAUAAUGGGCAUCGAUAUUGUAGCGAGUAAUGAUAGUGUACAGUCAUGAAUACAAUGUGCAUCCAAAUUUUAUAGAUCGUGAUGUAAAUUCGUGAAUCAAACGAUAUAAGCCUGGAAGUGUUUCAUUGAAACAAAAUGAUAUUUAACAAGUGAAGCGAACAAAAUGAUAUUUCCCGAUCGUGAUUUGCAG